AUGGAGUACGGUGGCGGAGGCAGUGGGUCGCAGUCCCCAGGGGAGCAAGAUGGUUCGGAUUCCCAAGGAAGGAGAAAGCGUUACCAUCGUCACACAGCCAACCAGAUUCAGAGGCUUGAGUCAAUGUUUAAGGAGUGCCCCCAUCCAGACGAGAAACAGAGGAUGCAGUUAAGCAGAGAAUUGGGCUUAGCCCCGAGGCAGAUCAAAUUUUGGUUCCAGAACCGCAGGACCCAGAUGAAGGCCCAGCACGAAAGAGCCGAUAACUGCGCUCUUCGUGCAGACAACGACAAGAUACGUUGCGAGAACAUAGCCAUCAGAGAGGCCCUGAAAAACGUUAUUUGCCCUUCUUGCGGUGCCCCUCCUCUCAACGAUGAUUCUUAUUUUGAUGACCAAAAGUUGCGUUUGGAAAACGCCCAUCUCAAAGAAGAGCUUGAUAGAGUAUCCAGUAUUGCUGCAAAGUACAUUGGAAGACCAAUUUCUCAACUUCCCCCGGUUCAGCCUAUGCAUAUAUCGUCUUUGGACUUGUCCAUGGCGAGUUUUGGAAAUCAAGGAAUGGUUGGGCCUGGGCCUGGGCCUGCUCCUUCCCUUAAUCUUGAUCUUCUCCCUGCAGGCACUUCCUCUUCUGUGCCAAAUUUGCCUUAUCAGCCUCCUUGCCUUUCCGACAUGGACAAGUCACUUGUGUCGGACAUUGCUUCCAAUGCCAUGGAAGAAUUACUGAGGCUCUUGCACACGAACGAACCUUUGUGGAUGAAGUCAAACACUGACGGGAGAGAUGUUCUUAAUUUUGAUACCUACGAAAGAAUGUUCCCCAAGCCCAACGCUCGGCCCAAGAAUCCUAAUGUUCGCGUGGAAGCAUCCCGAGAUUCUCGAGUUGUAUCCAUCAAUAGCUUGGCUUUGGCAGACAUGUUCAUGGACCCAAACAAGUGGAUGGAACUUUUUCCUACUAUUGUUUCUGCGGCAAGGACUGUUCAAGUCAUAUCUUCUGGGAUGAUGGGUAGUUGCAGCGGUUCUUUGCAGUUGAUGUAUGAAGAGUUGUUAGUGCUUUCUCCACUUGUUUCUACUCGGGAGUUCUACUUCCUGCGUUACUGUCAGCAAAUUGAGCAAAGCACGUGGGCUAUAGUUGAUGUUUCUUAUGAUUUUCCCCAAGACAACCACUUCGCCCCUCAAUUUCGGUCUCAUCGUCGUCCUUCUGGUUGCUUGAUCCAGGACAUGCCUAAUGGGCAUUCCAAGAUUACUUGGGUUGAACACGUAGAGAUUGAAGAUAAAACUCUACCUCAUCGCCUUUACAGAACUCUUAUUUAUAGUGGAUUGGCAUUUGGAGCUGAAAGAUGGCUUGCUACUCUUCAGAGGAUGUGUGAAAGACUUAACUGUCUAAUGGUUACAAGCAGUCAUACCGGGGAUCUUGGAGGAGUAAUUUCAUCUCCUGAGGGUAAGAGGAGCAUGAUGAAACUUGCUCAAAGGAUGGUGACCAAUUUCUGUGCCAGCAUUAGCACAUCAAGUGGCCACCGAUGGACCACGCUCUCUGGGUUGAAUGAAAUUGGAGUCAGAGUCACUGUUCAGAAAAGCACAGAUCCUGGACAACCUAAUGGUGUGGUGCUAAGUGCAGCCACUACCAUUUGGCUCCCCAUGCCUCCACACACUGUGUUCAAUUUCUUCAAGGAUGAAAGAAAAAGACCCCAGUGGGAUGUUCUUUCCAAUGGUAAUGCUGUGCAAGAGGUUGCUCACAUAGCAAAUGGUUCACACCCGGGUAACAGUAUAUCAGUUCUUAGAGCUUUCAACACCAGUCAGAACAACAUGUUAAUACUCCAAGAGAGCUGCAUAGAUUCAUCUGGUUCACUAGUGGUUUAUUGCCCAGUUGAUCUACCAUCCAUCAACAUAGCAAUGAGUGGCGAAGACCCUUCAUACAUACCACUACUACCGUCAGGAUUUACCAUUUCCCCUGACGGCCAGGCCGAGCAAGAAGGAGAUGGAGCAUCGACGAGUUCAAAUGCAAAUAGGAACAUAGGGAGCAGUGGUGGUUCACUAGUCACAGUUGCAUUCCAGAUUCUAGUGAGCAGUUUGCCAUCUGCCAAGCUGAAUAUGGAGUCAGUGACAACUGUUAAUAAUCUUAUUGGCUCCACUAUCCAACAAAUAAAGGCUUCCUUGAGUUGUCCCACCUAG